GGGCAGGCGUCUUUUUCAAAGCUCGUUAACGGCUGUUGUCUUGGUGCUGGGUUUGCUAACAUGUAAACAAUAAAACACGACUAACUUUACUACUAAUAAACGUUAACCGUGAUGGGCACACUGUAACAGCGAACCAUCAAACGGCUGUCCUCUCGCAGAUUUAUAUUAUGGACAAUCUGGAUUUCUCAGAAGAGGAAAUUCAAGAACAAUUGGCGAUCCUGGGCUACAAAAACAUCCCAAAACACCGGCUUCGUGAAUUCAAGCAAGAUCUCGAUGACCUGAUUCAACAUGGAGAAUGGAAAAGCCUGACAUCACCCACUCCGAUAAACUCCACCGUCAACGGUCAGACAGCCUCAUCUCGGCCGAGUCCUCCUGCCUUCACCAAAGAGAAAGUUAGUCAGCACUACUUUGAAGAGUCCAGUGAAGGGUUUUUCUUACAUGCCGGAAAAGUGGAUUGUGACAGACAGGUGCUCACCACCUAUCAGAACGGAGACUAUACUAGAUGUCAGCAGGGGCCCUGUGACUCGUACGCUCAACACUCAGUGGCUCCGAAGCUCCAGCUGCCUCCAGGUGCUCCCAGAAGCCUGCAGGUGGAGCCAGAUCCUGAUGACACCCUCAACUCGCCACUCACUGACAGCUACUCAUCCACUACUGACACCCAGGAGAGACGCUUCAUCAAGAGAAAAGUCCUGAGGAAACAUAAAGGACAAUCACUUGUCUGCGAUGAAUCAGUCUACAGUGAAGACUCAGACGCAGCGAGCUGUCUAGACGAACGGCUGGCGGAGCUUCAUUUAUCCUCGACGGCUCAGCGCGACUUUGAGGCGGAGAAUGAAGACGUCACCAGUCAGAGUGACGCCCAGAGCUCAGAGUCAGAGGGAAUCUCUCUGAGUGCCUUUGAAUCCUACAUAAGAGGGAUGACUCGAGCUCGAAGUGAAGGUGACCUCAGACCCAAACCCAAAUCCUUCAUCCGACCUGUGAUGAGUCAGCAAACUAUAAAGAAGACAGACCCAGUGGCAAAGUAUUUCCAGUACAAGCAGCUCUGGGAAAUGUUUAAACUUCCAGGAGAGAAAGACAGGCGAGAUCUCCGCUGGGAGAUAAAGGAAAGACUUGCAUACCAACCUCCACCACCUAAACCUCACAGAGUUUAUGUGCCGAACACGUACACCGUGCCAACAGCGAAGAAGCGCUCGGCCCUCCGCUGGGAGAUCAGGAACGAUUUGGCGAACGGCCUCCUUCCACACAAAUUCAGCUAUCGAUUUUAGGCCUUUUACGCUUCACAUGCCUUUUCUUUUUUUAAAAGAUACUUUUAAUAAUACAAUUUUGCAAUGUUUUGAUUUUUUUUUUUAUCAUUGACAUUAUUUAUUGGUGACUUGUUUUGAUAAACAUAAUAAACACAUUAA